AUGAACUCGCCCAUUCGCCUUCGACUGGCUUGCCAGUCCGUACUAUGUCGCUCACUGAGACCUACCCUCAGGUCGUCGCCCGUUCCCUCAAGGCUUCGCGCGCCUGUUUUGUUAGGAGAAUACUCUCGUCAUCUCACCUCUUCUGUACAGUGCAGCGGAGCGAACCGUUUUUCCAGCGAGCUGGAACCCUCGGAAGACGAUGAGUUGUCUCCAUUCAAAAAGCAGCGCCAGGCUGAAUUUCAGGAGGAUAAGAAUAGCGAGGAACCACUGUUUCCCGACCCAUAUCCUCGUCUAGAAAAGUCUAAACAUGAGAGGAAAUCGGUGUCUGAUUUUCUGGCGUCUUUCCACGGAGAGGCAAAGGAAGCGCCCAAAGAGGUAACCCUCUGCGGCCGUAUCCGUUCCAAGCGCUCUGCUGGCAAGGCGCUCAUUUUUGUCGAUAUCGUGCAUGAGUUCCGAAAAGUCCAAGUUAUGAUCAAUAGGCAGAACCUUUUCAUCCGUUCAGAGGACGGCAUCAAUAAAUUCUCCCUGUUCAAGAAAAUGAUACAAGUCGGAGACCACGUCUCCGUAGUUGGAAUUCCUUCGCGAACAAAGGCUGGCGAGAUGACCCUGAGCGCUACCGCCAUGCCCAAGCUUCUCGCCCCAACCAUGGAGCAGAUUCCCAAGACGCUCAUUGAUCCCAAGGCCAAGAUGCAAGGCCGCCAUGUUGACAUGCUCGUGAACCGAGAGGUCGUAGAUGUCUUGCGCCUGCGAUCCGAGAUCAUGAGAUUUAUGCGCGACCAUCUGCAUUCGAAGCGCUUCCUCGAAUUCCAAACCCCAAUCUUGGCCGAGAACGCAGGAGGUGCUGUAGCUCGACCUUUCGUAACGCAUGCAACUGGGUUCGGAAAGAAGGACCUCUCUCUGAGAAUAGCGCCAGAGCUUUGGCUCAAGCGUCUUGUGAUUGGAGGUGUUGAUAAGGUCUUUGAAAUUGGACCUUCUUUCCGCAACGAGGGCAUCGACGCUACACACAACCCAGAAUUCACCAUGUGUGAAUUCUAUAGUGCCUACACGAACUUGGGUGACUUGAUCAAAGAGACGGAAGAAAUUAUUCACGGGCUUGCACGGCGGUCACAAGUACUUAUCUCUUCCGAACUGACUUCACUACAACCGAUUGAUCUGAGUCGCUUUGUACGGCCCUUCAAGCAGGUCGAGUUUGUACCUGGACUUGAAGCUGCCAUGGGGAUUCGCCUUCCAAAGCUCUCGUCAAAGGACGCUCUCCCAGAACUCAUCGCAGUCCUGAAACUUGCAGGUAUCAAGGUUGCAGGAGAGACACCGACGACCUUGGACAAGUUGCUCGAUCGACUUGCCGCGAUGUACCUCGAGCCUCAGUCCUUCGAUAAACCCCUCUUCAUCACUCAUCAUCCAGCAUGCAUGUCUCCGCUCGCGAAGAGCUUCCUCUGCCCGAGGACGUACCAAUUAGUAUCUGCUCGCGCGGAGCUGUUCUUCGGCGGCCGUGAGUUGGCUAAUAUGUACGAGGAGGAAAAUAAUCCUGAAGAACAGAAACAGAAGUUGGCAAUGCACCGAAGGCUUGCCAACGCUGGGAAUGGGAAAAUCGUCAUUGAAGAACCCACUACAGGAGAAGUUGAAGAAAUGGACUCCGAGGCAGAACUCUCCGGUCCCCAAGAGGUUAUAGAAGAGGAGGAGGAAGAGGAAGACCUGGAGGCGGCACCUCUCGACGAAAGCUUUGCCAGGGCCCUCGAUUUUGGUCUCCCGCCGACUGGGGGCUGGGGCUGUGGCGUUGAGCGACUAGUUAUGGUCUUUUCAGGAGCCUCUCGCAUCAGCGACUGCUUGAGCUUUGGCACAUUGAAAAAUGUCGUGGGCCUUACUGCCGGAGAUGAUUUUCAGAAGCCGGCGAUGCCGUCACCGGCGAAUGGUGAUGCCAAAGACGCCACAAACAAAAAUCCUCCGAAGGACUCAGAGGAGUAA